AUGCUUUCUGUGGCAGGGUUUAGCACUCAGCCUAUUGAUGUUAAUGAGGCUAAUCUCUUUAGUAAUAAAAUUCUUGAACUGGAUUUAGUUGAUUUGGGCACCACUGGUUGCUCUUUCACUUGGUCUAAUAAAAGAAGUGGCCAUACUCUCACUGAACAAAGAUUGGACAGAGGGCUAGCUACUGAAAGCUGGCUUCUCUUAUAUCCCAACACUACCAUAUCUAAUAUGCUAGCCAUUGGUUCUGAUCACCAUCCUAUCCUUCUUAACUCCAAUCCCUCUUGGCAAUCUGGUAGAAUUUCCUUUAAAUUCUUUGGUCCUUGGCUGGACCACAAGGAUUGGAGGAAUAUCAUUGCUGAGUGCUGGAGAAGAGAUCUCACUGGCUCCAGUGCUUAUAUUAUAGCAAGAAAGAUGAAAGAUAUCAAACUACAUCUAAGAGUUUGGAAUAAGGAAGUCUACGGUAAUAUCAAAACUAACAUUGAUGAAUGCAAACAACAUCUUUCUUGGCUUCAUAACAACUAUUUCAGAGCUGAUAGAAGUGAAGUUGUUAGCUUGGCCAGAAAAACUCUCAGAGAUUGGCAUGAUAUUGAAGAAAGUUUUUGGAAGACAAAAAGUAGGGACUAA